AUGGCUCACGUUCAAUCCCGCGAUACGACCACCACAUCCGGCGCUACCAGUUUUACUACCAACAGGCACGGAACCAACAGGAACCUCAGCGAGGAUAUUACAUGGCCUCAACAGGCGAGCACAAGGAAGCAGGUGCGCAUUGAUGACUUUUACACUGGUUUCUCCCACGAGGAAGAGCGCAAGCUGUUUGAGCGAGUUCUCUUGGAAUUUCAGGCCGACAACAAUCUUCCGGAUACGUUUAUUGAGCGUAAAUCUACCUACCGUCUUCUGCACUUAGCACACGAAAUGGCAAUUGACGUCGACCCGCUGCCAAGUCGCAAGACGCAGGGAGGGAAAGUACUGGAUCUCUAUGCAGUAGCUUCCAUCGCUCAGCAAAUGAAGCAGGUGAUGAAGAAGAUGGAAGAAGAAGGUUGGAACAUCGGAGCUGCGGUUACAGACAACGCUGGACAAUUUGGUUGGGCACGAAGGAUUCUGAGUCUUCGAUGGCCUCAGGUCGCUUUCUCAAUUGGUUUUGCUCACGAAUUGAACAACCUGGUGAGAGUUGUCUCGAAAACGGAGUACUCAACCGUAGCCAAAGAUGCGUCCGAUGCCGUGAACACCAUUAAGACCUCUUCCUCCAUGUGUUUGCAAAGACUGAGUUAUUGGCUCUGUAUGCGCAUGGAAAUGCGUGGUAGCAAGCGCUACGGGGCAAAAAAGUUACUUUGGCGGAGCUUCAAAGACGUCGGAGCCUUCGUCGAGCAGUCCAGGAACAACGGUAUGGCAUUUCGCAAGCCCUCAACUGAUCCAGCGUAG